AUGAGAAUCUCAGCACCCGUACUUACCUUCUUGCUCUGUGCCCACCUGGCACUUGCGACUGCUGAUUUGAACAACGACUAUGAGUUAGUCCAGCGACAACUCCAGGAACUCGAUGAAAGAGGUUUGCUUGCGGACCUUUUGAAUAAACUUAAAGGUUCUUCAUCCUCUUCUGACGAUGAUGACGAUGGUUGUGAUGACAGUGUGACCACCACUGCCUCAACUGCCACCGUCACUGGUGGUACCGGAACCUCAACCACGACCACAAAGAAAAGCUUCUGGGAUAUAAUCGGUGGUCUCUUUCACAAGACGUCUACUGGAGCUCCUGCAACUGGCACUACAACUGCAACUACAGCCACUGGCACCGCAGCUCCAACCACAACCACCAAAAAGGGUCUUCUUGAUAUCAUUGCAGGUCUUUUCCACAAGAAGACAACCACAGCAUCUGCUGCUGCAACCAGCACCGCGGUAGCAUCAGUCAAGCGUCAGCUCGAGGAGCUCGAAGAGAGAGGCUUGCUUGCCGAUCUCUUGAACAAACUUAAAGGCACUUCAUCCUCUUCAGAUGAUGACGAAGAUGGAUGUGAUGACAGUGCAUCCAUCACAUCGGCUACAACGGCAACUGCCACCGGUUCAACUCCCACCACCACCACUACAAAGAAGAGUAUUUGGGAUAUAAUUGGCGGUCUCUUCCACAAGAGCUCUGCCGGAGCACCAGCAACUGCAACAGGCACCGCAACUGCCACCACGACAAAGGAAGGUAUUUUCGAUAUCAUUGCGGGUCUCUUCCACAAGAAGACCACUAGUGCCGCAGCCCCAACUUCCACUGCUAUUAGUUCAGCGCAAAAGAGAGCUCUCUCUGAUGCUAUUGCCGCAUUUCUUGGUGGCAAAGGCGACGACUCAUCUUCUGCUACCACCACUGAGGCCACUGUUUCGAACACUCCUGCUGCUACAGCCAGCCCAGCACUUGAUGCCAACAGUAACACAGCUGCGAACACUAGUGAGCCUUCCCUGACUGCCGAGGCUGACACUAGUGCUGUGGAUACAUCCACUUCCGCAUUGGAAUCCACACCAAGCUUUCCUUCGAGUUCUGAAACCAGUACCACCUCGACCGCUAGUGCCCAAGGUCUUUUUGCUGCACUUCUUGCAGACAAUUCAUCUGAAUCUGGCUCUGUUUCAUCAAAUGGAUCUGGAUCAACCUCUGGUUCAGCUUCAUCUUCUACUUCAUCUGAUGAGGACGAUGAUGAUUGGAUCUGUGACGACGAUGGAGACUCCACCACUACUGGUGACUGGCUCAGCUCCAUUCUUCAAGACACCACUAAGACCACUGGCACUACUACCAGUACUACCAGCUCUUCCAGUGCAUCUAAUAAUUCAUCUGGGUCUUCUGGGUCUUCCAGCUCUACCACUACUGGUAACUGGUUGAGUGAUAUCUUGAACGGUGGCAGCUCGAAAUCUACUGGCACUACUACUUCUGGAGCUUCUAGCUCUAGCAGCUCCAGUGCUUCUACCACCACGGGUAACUGGUUGAGUGAUAUUUUGAACGGCGGUAGCUCGAAAUCAACUGGUUCUACCACUUCUGGAUCUUCCGGAUCUUCCAGCUCCACUACCUCUACCACUACAGGUAACUGGUUAAGUGACAUCUUGAACGGAAACAAUAAGACUACCACCUUAACUACCUCCUCAUCAACUGGCUCUUCCUCGAAAGCUUCAACUACAACCACUGGAAACUGGUUGAGUGACCUUUUGAACGGUAACAAGACCACAAGCUCGACAACUUCAAGUGCCACCGAUGAUGACGACGACGAUGAUGUCUACUGCAGUGACUUGUACACUGACAUUGGUGGAGACACCGACACCGCUGUGGAGACUACUCAGUCGUCAAAGACUUCUGGAACCUCGAAGACUUCAGGAACUUCUUCUGGAUCCGGAACUUCCAAGACCUCGGGAACUUCUAACACUUCUGGGUCCGGAACUUCCAAGACCUCCGGAACUUUCAAGACCUCUGGAACUUCGAACACCUCUGGUUCUGGUAGCUCAAAGACUGGAUCUUCUUCUGUGGCCGGUGUCUCGACCUCUACUGGAAAGACCACUGUGGUAACCACUGACUCCAACGGAAGCAGCAGCACUACAGUUAAGGACACCACCAUUACAAGCACGCAGUCUGGCCACCAUUACCUGACCAACAUUGUAAAGACCACCACGUCCACUAACAUUUUUGGUGUGGUUACCACCAAGGUUGUGACCUCGUCAUACGUAACCACAUUGGAUGACGAAGAGUGGGAGUGUGAGGAGAACGAGAUUCUUCUCAACACUAGCGUGGAGGAUGUCUUUGUUACAGCCACUGGUUCAGGAUCAGGAGGUUCUGGCUCUGGCUCUGGAUCUGGCUCUGGCUCUGGUUCAGGAGGAUCAGGAUCCGGAGGUUCUGGAUCGGGUGCAACCACUACCGCCUGGUGGCAGAGUACUUCGUCAUCGACUGGAGGCUACGACUCUGAGUGCAAGGCCAACUGCGAGAAUGUGGACUGCGGUGAUGCCGAUUAUGACUACUACGACUCGGACGCUGAUGAUGAUGAGGACGACGAUGACUUUGUCUGUGACGUUCCUACCACCUCCCAGAAGUCCACCCCAACUGGUGGCUCUGGCUCUGGCUCCGGAUCUGGCUCUGGAUCAGGCUCAGGUUCUGGAUCAGGCUCAGGUUCUGGUAAUAACAAUGGCUCUGGAGGUUAUACUUCAAAGGAAACCAAAGUCUUUACUCUGACCAGUACUCGUACUUACCACACUACCAUUGCUGGCAAGUCCACAGAUGUAACCACUGUUGAGACCAUUGUGUCAUCAUACACCACCACUGAGGUAGAUGAGAGUGAGUACACAGAAGUUUGUGACUGGGACGAGGACGACGAAGAGGAUGACACCACCACUUCUGCGAAAGUUACCACCACAGUGGCAGGUAGCGCUACCAAGUCCGCCUCUGAGUCAGUCAGUGAUGCUGAAACAUCUGAGUCCGAGUCUGCUUCUGAGACGGAGCCUGCAACUGCGUCAGCUUCUGAAUCAGAAUCUUCCAGUGCACCAACCACAAUAGCUGCUACCACCACCACGUCGGCCUCUCCAUCUUCGUCUGCUUCUGCAAGCAGUACUGCCUCUAAAGGACUUCUUGGUAGUCUUCUUGACGAUUUAAAAAAGAGAGAAGAGCCACCCGUGGUGGCCGCCGCCAACUCAGGAGUGAAGGUGGGCGCUUCGGGAUUCCUUAUAGUCGUGACAUUUGCAGCUAUGUUCUUGUAA